AUGUUUUAUAUGUACUUCCCUGACAAGACGAUCUUCUUCUUCUUCUUCUUCUUCUUCUUCUUCUUCUUCUUCUUCUUCGUAGCAUUUUUCCUCUUCUUCUUCUGUUCCGCAUUUUAUUUUUCUCUGGAUUUCUUAAUCUUCUUCUUCCCCGUCUUCGGUCUUCUUCUUCUUCUUUCUUCUCCUUCCUUCAUUUCCUCUUCUUCUUUUUUCAUCUUUUCUUCUUCUUCUCCUCCUCCUUCUUCUUCUUCAUUUUCCUCUUCUUCUUCUGUUUUUAUUUUUCUUCUCCUUUUUUCUUCUUCUUCUUCUUCUUCUUCUUCUUCUUCUUCUUCAUUUUCCUCUUCUUCUUCUGUUUUUAUUUUUUCUUUUCUUUUCUUCUUCUUCAUCUUCUUCUUCUCCUCCUUCUCCUCCUUCUCCUUCUCCUCCUUCUCCUUCUUCUUCUUCUUCUUCCUCUUUUUCUUCUUCUGUUUUUAUUUUUUCCUUCUCCUUUCUUCUUCUGAGGAAUACCUCUUUACCCUUUUCUGUCUUUAUCUUUUAGCAGCAUCUUACUUUCAAUCGCUUCUUUUCUUUCUUUUUUUCCUUCUUUCUUUCUUUCUUUUUUCAGAGCUUCCUACUCGGCUCUUUUACUCUUCUUUCUUCGCCAUUGCCUCUAAACUCAAGGCCUCUGCUUCAUUUCUCCAACUACAUCCGCCACCUCCGCUUUCUCUAGCCCAAGUCUACACCUCCGGCAACGUUCUGUCGAAUCUAUUUUUACACUAG